AUGACAGACUGCCAUCGACAGGGACAAAUCAUGGACCCAGAAUCCUGGCGGACUAGGCUCAACUACCUGUUGACAAGUAUCGAGACCUUUGAUGCUUACCGACAAGCAAGAUCGGCCGAGGACGUUGGAAAGUGGCAAACUGUUACUGAUUGGGCGCUCAUGUCCCAAGGUGGUCACAACACCGGCCCCCAUACAGACAGCCACGGCAUGGGCACAUGGAUCACAGUGUCCAGUACUUGUAAGCAUCUGAUGAGUCUUCUUGUUGUUGGACCUCAAGAAGAAGCACGAUGCCGCACCUGGACCACCGGGAGUGCGGGCACCACAAGUUUACCAGCAACACACUUUCUGGCAUGGGCGUUGGGAGUUGUUUUGUCCCAGCUUAUCAUUGCAGCAAGUGGCCUCUGGCACCCAGUCAAACAUAGCCUUCUACUGUGUGGCCACAACGGGGAGACGACCAAAUGGCCCCUGGGACUCGCCAAGCCCUAUUUAGACCUCAACAGCAACGAAGUACUGUUGGCUUGGGUCGGCGAAGUCUCGUCAACAGUCUCACCAACCCAGCCCAGUACUGAGCACCGCUACCGACCAAGCACAUCCACCAUGUCUCUCCCUUGCUGA